GGCCCGCGUGGACUGUACGUACCUGGAACAGUUACGUAAGGCACUAUAAAAGCCUCAAAUUUUGUUUACGCCCGCGUUUCCCGGCCGAAUGACUCAAUUUCCCAGAAUGCACAUGGGCGCAUGCGCAGUACGUUUUACUUGACAUUGGUAAACAGACGUCAGAAGGGAGUCUUCACCUCGAGUCAAAACAAAACAAACGCCAACAAACUAUUCAAGACAUCCGAGGGGAGCAUCUUCGGACCACCGGGACGACCACAACUUCCAGCCGAGACGCCGCCGCCUCUAAACUGCCACUUCGCGCGAGUUCUGGGCGGCUCUCGGCGGACUUUUCGGCGCGUUGAAAACUCCGGAGUAGCAGCAGCUUAAGCGGCUAACGUGAUCGGGGGGCUACCCGGGCUUGUUUUCCCAACAAGUUGGGAGCUUCACCCCGGGGGGACGAGACGCCGCUGCCGCCGCCGCUGAACGAGCUUCCUUUAUACGACCACUUGUUGAAAGUCGAGACGAACACUUAGCGGGGGUAAGAAGCCCGGCGUGGCGAUCUCCGGGGCCUCGGCGGCGUAGUCAGAGGCGUUUUGUAACCGCCUCUCGUGGCAUCGUGUGCGGCGCCACGAGUGGACAAACAUGGCAGAUGGCGACAUGUGGCGGAUUGUGCACACCUAAAAACACCGCUCUUUGGAUGAGAUUCUUGGACUUGCGUACAGUUAAGCGGAAGUAGCCAAGAGGUGGAGGUGGACGAGAGACUCACCAUGGAGGAGUUGCCGGCACCGCCCAUUGACCCAGAUUUCGAGCCACAGAGCCGGCCCCGCUCAUGCACAUGGCCGCUGCCCCGGCCAGACAUCUCGGCCGUGAAGCAGGAAACCCCAGACGGCACCGAGUCCGCCGCCGGGACACCGCCAGCUGAUGACGACAAGCCGGAUUCGCAGCAGCGGCAUGCUGCUGCCGUGGCCGAACCAGAGAAGGCGGCGGCCACUGUGACAGGGGCAGCAACCGACCCCACCGUGGGCGGCGUGACCCCUCGCAAGGGUUCAUCCAGGCGCAACGCAUGGGGAAAUCAGAGUUACGCCGACCUCAUCAGCCAGGCCAUUGAGAACUCGCCCGAUAAGAGGUUGACGUUAGCGCAGAUCUACGAGUGGAUGGUCAAGACUGUGCCUUACUUCCGAGAUAAGGGCGACAGCAACAGUUCAGCCGGGUGGAAGAAUUCCAUCCGCCACAAUCUGUCGCUGCACAACAAGUUCCUGAGAGUCCACAACGAGUCGACGGGCAAGAGCUCCUGGUGGAUGCUCAACCCCGAAGGAGGCAAAACGGGGAAAGCACCCCGCCGCCGUGCCACCUCGAUGGACAACAGCAGCAAGCUGCUGAAGAGCCGCAUGCGCGCCAAGCAGACCAAGAAGCAGGCGAGCACGGGGGCCGGCGGCGGCGUUCUACAGGGUGAUGGCGCAACGGUGGCGGCGGGGACCGGCGCCGACAGCCCCAACUCGUCUCAGCAGUUUCCCAAGUGGGGGGUGAGCAGCAGCAGCCCGUCGUCCCGCGGCAGCCUGGACGACGCAGACAUGUGGACUUCCUUCCGGCCGCGCACCAGCUCCAACGCCAGCACCCUGAGCGGGCGCUUGUCGCCCAUCGCGCCGGGGCAGGAGGAGGACGACAAUCUCCCUGAGGACGGGCUGCUGGGCCGCUACGCCGCCAGCGCCCUGACACCCACUCUGGCCGAGACCCUCAUGGAGGAGCUGGAUCUGAUCGACGGGCUGACUCUAAUGAGUGGCCAGCAGGGCGGUGCCAGUCCCAGCACGGCCCCAUCGGCACCGCCCACCCCGCUGCCGUCCGCCGCCACUCUGCUGCCACGUGGCUCCUCGUCUUUCCCCUCCUUUCAUCAGCUGCAGGCACCGCAGACGCCGCCCCAGGCGUCGGUGGGGCCCGCCAGCAAGGAUGCCGCACCCGCGUUUGGCAACUCUCUCUUCAACUCCUCUCACGGCAACACCUCCGCCCACUACGGUACCCACGUCCCCUCCAGCUUGGAGGCGCUGCUCACCUCCGACUCUCCUCCUCCAAGUGACGUCCUCAUGGCACAGGUGGACCCGCUCGUGCCCGCCCCGGCAGGCCUCAUGGGCUUGGGCUCCCCGGUAGUGGGCGUCAGGCCCAAACCCACGCAGCUGCUCCUGGGGAAAGGCCUGGAAGCCAACACGGUGGGCCCUCGAAGCCUGCAGCCACCCAUGCAGCACCACCUGCACCACCAGCAGCACCAUCAGCACCACGCUCCCCUUAGUCUGGGCAUGAUCCUCUCCGGCAUGUCCCCGGACCCGCUGCAGAUACCUGGUCUGAAGGUGCAGCAUACCGCCCCCCAGCACACCGCCAUGUCGGCCGCAGGCCCGGCCCAGUUUGUGGCGCCGCCCUGCUUCCAGACGGUGCCGGAGCGGCUGCCCACUGACCUGGACGUGGACAUGUUCACUGAGAACCUGGACUGCGACGUGGACUACAUCAUCAACAGCGACCUCAUGGAUGGAGACGGUAUCGACUUCAACUUCGACCCCGUCCUGCCCACUGGGCAGGGCUAUGCAGGGCCCGCCACCGCGCAGGGCUCCGCCCACAACUGGGUGCCCAGCUAAAUGCUUUGCCAGGAGACAAGACCCCGCCUCCCUGACUCGGCCCUCCCCAAAAAGGACAAAAAGUCUUACCGCGUCAUCACGCGGACCAGCCUCUUGUCACGUGCCAACGCCACCGCCGACUAUGCACAUGCUCCUCCCCACCCCCUGCCUCUUUCUCCUCAUCUUCCUCCAUUUUCUUGGAUAUUUUCUUCAUCAAGACUUCCUCAACUCCGCCUGCGAGUUGUCAACAUGUUACGCACAAACAUUUUUCCGGGUGGAUGCGGUACCCCGUCGGCUUCUGGAUGGAGGCUUUGUGUGUGUGUGUGUGUGUGUGUGUGUUGAAGAAAUGGCCAGUUUCCCUGCAGGAGAAAGAGCCUGCAGAUCGGUACAAAAUGAGAACACUGACGAUUGUUUCUCACACAAGACGAUACAUGACUUUUUUUUUUUAAACGUUUAAUUUUUUUUUUUAAUUCAACACUACCGGUAAUUGCUAUUUGGCCAAUGUGUGUUGUUGUUUUUUUGUUUUGUUUUUACCUCCAUGCAGUGUAUUAAGCGGUGUAUAAAGUAAUUAGGCGGAGUACACACAUACCGAUAAUUGGGACACAUUUCUGCAUUCUCCCAUUUCCCAAUCUAAGGCCUUCUUCAUGGAUAUCUCAAAAGAUUGUCCCGUGGCAUGGAGUGUCGGGAUUUACUACUCAAAAACAUUCAGGGCUGACUGUUGCAGAUGUUAAACCCGUUCAAUACCUACGAUUGGAAAUUCCGGAUGUUUACGGUAAAAAACGUUGUUUGUCUGAGCACCAGACUGCGCUUUUGACGUGAAAUGAUGGGCACUUAAGCUGAAUGUUUCAUUCCGAUCAUAGUUGGCAUUGGUCCGAUUGUCGGCUCUCUCAAAAAGAUCAUCUUUUGAUGUGGGGGGGUGUUUGGGGUGCGAUCUCAUUGGGCCAACAAUUGUGAAUGUGAAAUAUGUUUCAUAUUUACAGUGGCCAAUAAGGAGGGUAUGUCCAUACCGAAAGACAAAAUAUUAGCGUUUUACAUCUUUUACAGUCAGUCAUUUUAAGGCCUGAUUAAUUGACAUCUCUAAAAAAAUUAUCCCGAGUGAUUAACCUGUGGUGUGGAAAAAUAAUAAAGCCGCUCAAUUGACACAGACGAGAGUCAACAAUUGAGUAUACCAGCACCGUCCUCGGUUUUCCUCCCCGAUCGAAUUGGACAAACGUGAAAUGCCGUUCAAUAUUUAUGAUGGCAAAUUCUCGUGCGCACAUCCUGGAGCUAUGACCUCUGCGUCAGGAUUUGCAAAGCGCUUUGUUACAACAAGCACUGUUGAAAGGGCGAGAUCGGUAAAGAGGUCUCCUAUGACUGGAUAAGCUAGCUGUUAGCCUUGUGUUAGCGAUUCAGUCAUCCUGUGCGCAGGGUCACAUUUGGUACAGUGGCAUUGACAAAAUGGGUUCUCCAUGUUGAAAAUCAAUAUGCGUGUGUGUAUCCCGCUUUAGAUUUGAUUUGCAGUAGGAUCAUUCGAAAAAAAAAGCGAAUUAAUGAAAUGAAGUUAUUUGUUUGGAUGUUUUUCGGGCAUUUGAGGUUAAAUUGCCAUACAAGUGAUUGUUUGGCUUCUUAUCAAAUGUUACUACCUAAGUUUUGAAUUUGUUGUAAUCUUUGUGCAUUUUUUUCUAGCACUUAACAAAUGACCUUGACCAUACAUUCAACUUUUUUUUUCUUUUUGGGUUGAAACAUUUCGACACACAAUGCACACAUUGCACAUAACUAUUGGCACGCUAUGCAGAUUUAUUCAGAGAAUUUUGAAGGAAAUUUUAAUCAACAACGACAACAAAAAAAACACGAAGGGUUUUAAUAUUUUGCCGCAUGCCCUCACUAACUUGAAAAUAUAUACAAGUAUAUAUAUACAGGUAUAUACAUAUAUUUUGGGGUUAUAGCUUUAAUAUACACGAUAGCUGGAGAAUUAUAGAGAUGCUAUUUUAAUUAUUAUUUUUUUUUUUACAUCGGAGGGUUGGAUUUUUCAGAUUUGUAACAGCAGUUUUUCUAUACUUAUUUUUGUAAAAAUGGACGCGCAUGUAGAUUUGUGUGUGUGUAUAUAAAACCUUACCAAAGGAACACUAAUAUUUGCAUAUGCAUGGCAUUUAGGGGGCGCACUCAACUCGACAUAGUGUCUCAGUGUACAUAAGGUUUUUUUUGGGGGGGGGGGAUUUUUCUUGCUUUUACACAUAAGUCAUCUCAAAAACGAAAUGGUAAAAACAAACAAAAAAACCCCCACAAGACUCAUACAACCGUUACCUCUCAGGGUUGCUCAGAAGAAGAAAACAAGCUCAAUCAUGUGACAAAAUGAAAAAAAUGUAUUUAUUUUUCAAUUUUCUGCCGCAACUGGAAAUUGUUGCUUUUUGAAACGUUGGCAUCUUAAAAAAACAAACAAAAAAAACCCUGCUAUGCAUUUCAUUUGUAGCUUUUUUUUGGGGGGGGGGGGGGCAUUUUCACUUCCUGCCAAGAUGGAAACACUAGCAUGACGUUGCUACUAGUGUGUACGCAAAUUGUUCUCUUUUUGUGUGUGUGUGUGUAUUUAAUUUUCUAAUUUUCUGGUCAUGUACAGUUUGUUCACCAAUCAUUUCAUACGUUUAAAGAAAAAAAACUGGUUUAAAAAGAAAAAGUCAAAAAAAGCACUCUAUUUGCUUUGGCGUGGUGCUACGAGUCAUUUUGGAUGCAUAUCAGGGCCUUGGUGAAAGUUACCUGCAAGACUCAAUAAUAAUCCUUUUUACUUGUUUCAUCAUAUAUGUUUUAUAAUCCCUCCCCUCUUUAUAUACGUAUAUAUUAGUCCUCAACCUUUCCACAAUAACUAGUAUGACACCCCAAUCAUUUGAUGAAUUGAUGUAUGGAAUGUUAACUACAUGGAACUGGACAUGUGGUGUGUGUGUGUGUGUGUGUGUGUGAGAGAGAGAAAUUGCCGCGUUAAUUCCAUGUUCUACUCGUGCACUUGUGUACUAGUACGCUCUUUGUCCUCAUGAGUCGGAUGGUUCGGCACACUAGUAGGAUAUGGCAGCUUCAAAGUGUGACAUUAUUCAAUUCCACGAGUUCUAGUUAACAUCUUAGCGCACGGUUGUCAAACUCAAGGCCCAGGGGCCAGAUCCGACCCGCCACGUCAUUUUAUGUGGCCCACGAAAACAGAUCAUGUGCGUCAACUUCCAUGAUCCUUUCUAAAAUCUGUACCAAAAUGUCAUGUGUAAUAAAUAACACUGAGAUUUUGCAAGAAUUUUCUGACCCGGUUUAUAUUCACUUGAAUAGUAAGUGAACAAAUAAGAAACAAAUAAUAGACUGAUUUCAAAACUAGUAAUCCAUCAAUUUGUUGUGGACAAGUUAUACUAUGUGAUGAUUCAACAUUAAUUAGGCCUUCCGAGAGACGACGUAACUCCAAAGUGGCCCGUGACAAAAAUGAAUUUGACACCCCUGAUCUAGCGCGUAACCGUGCUUGUUCUACUCGUGUGCGGAAGUGUCCAAUAGUCGUGGACUAUUGCAAAACAAUAUGAGCAUUUACUCAAUAUUUUACUCGUGCACUGUCAUGUACUAGUUACUAGACUAUGCACGAGGAGAAUGAAUGACUGUCGACAAUUAUGUUUCUACCAUUGCAAUUUGACACUUUUGUGCACUAGUAGAACGCCUUUGGCAUCCUCGUAGGACGACGACAUGUUACUAGUCAGGCAAAAGUGGACAGUAAUUGAUAUUUGAGCGCAAGUGACAUUCGACUAAUCUGUUGCUUCACUAAUAGUACUACGAAAUUCUAAAAGUACCAUCUAGCGCUUGACUAGUCGUACAAGAGGCAAAUCUUUCUACUAGUGCCGCGUUUUGCCUCACAAGGAACUAGUCCAUGUCCGAUUAGUGUGCAGAAACAAAAGACAAUCUUUUUGACUUAAGUGUUACUAGUAAGACAUUGUUGAUUGUCUUACGAGUAGUACUGUAUACUGAUGUGAACGACAGCACACUUGCCUCACUAGUGACAUGUCCUACAAGUUGUCCAACAGGACACAGAGUAUACUAGUACACAUCGGAAAUCAAGGAUGUAGAAUAAAUGCGGGAAACAGUUGUUUCAGCAUUUAUUUGAUAUCCUUUGACUUCAAGUGCGCGGCACGUUUACUAGUUGGCCAAGUAGCGUUUAAGGUGCAGCACAGUGGUUUAGUAGUAAACAAGUAGACCAAAAGUGGCACUUGUAGUGGAAAAACACUCCUAUUUAGACAAUCACUCUCGCGGUGUGCUGAAUUGGCACACGAGAGAGAACUAAAGAGUGUACUAGUACACGGAGCUAAAGCAGAAUACGGAAUGAAUGCUCCAUGGGCUUUCCAGAAUUGUAUGUUGUUUUGGUUUAUUUUUAUUUUUUGCUGGAGUCACUCCACUUGUACUUGAUCUCCAUUUGAUUUUUUUUGUCCCUUUGAGCUACUAGUCAGUCCCCCUUGAUGAUGUUUUUGAUGACUUGGAGAAGUCGGUCCCCAGGUCACACAGUAUUUUAGAAUUUAGCUGAACGGGAUGAGAGCAGGAAGCAGUUAUUUUCAUGAUGAUUUUGUUGAUUGAUGGGUUGAUCUUGAUAAGUAGUUUUCGCGCUCCUUCCUCGUCCUCAUCGAGUCGAGUGUGACGCAACAAAUGGAAACUUUGAGUUAAUAAACUGCUUUAAUCCA